UCAAGCGCUGACAAAGCUACAGAGCGGAUCGGAGCACGAUUGUGCCCCUGCGGCAAUCAGUCGCGACUCGAACCCUGAAGCGCACGCAAGCAGCGAAAAGCAAGCAGCGGAAGCUAGAGAUACUAUACCCAUACGAUUCCGUUUGUGCUUUGGAUGGUACCACCAGUGCUACCACCAUCUGCAGCUGGCCAACGCUCUCUUAAGCCUAAGCCACCACUGCUCUGUAGUGCUCUCGCGUGAUUUGCUCCGCCCCCCGGUGGAUGUGGAUUGAGGCUGCCUGCUCGAGGGCUGAAAAUGCCGCAGGAUUCGGUUAACGAUUCGUGGCGACGCGUUUAGUCGAGCGCCGUGCUUCAAGCGGUGAUGAGUCCACAUUCUGCAACGCAACAUCCAAGCCGCAACAACAACAGCAAUAAAACAUCGCCUAUCAAGUGGCAAGUUUAUGCAAAACAAAUGAAAAUAUACUAAACGAAACCCCAUACAAACGAUGUGCGAGUACGAGUACAUAUAAAUAAUAAUAAAAAAAAAUAAUUUGUGAUAACAACAUUAACAAAACAAAACAAAACACACCCAACGGCGGAAAAAAAAGUGAAGAAAAUGAUACAAAAUACUCGGAAUCCAUUGCCUCCACAAACAGCGGCGAAAACAAAUUGAAAUUUCUGUGCACAAAUUGAAAAUUAGACAAGAGCAAAGAAACCAACCAACAAAAUCUCCAUAUAUGGGCUAAUUAAAGAACCAACUCCGAUCUACAUUCGUUGUGCAAACAGACCACCCUCCGCCCCCCCCAUCGAGAUUGUCGAGAAAUCGGUCGAAACCAGCAUCACGCUCGCGAACCGCCCACAGAAUGUACACAAUGUUUAGGAAACAUUUUCGGCGAAAAUCAACAGCAUCGCAGCCAUCAUCAUCUGCCACAUCAUUGGCAGAAGAAUCAGCAGCAGCAGCAUCCACAGACAGCCUGAGAAUGUCGACGACAACAACAACAACGACGCAGAUACAGAGGCAGAGACAGAGACAGAGGCCCAGGCAAAGGGAAUUCUCGGCUCUGCCAUCGACCAUCAGCGAUUGUCGAUCAUUAAAGUCUGCCUGCAACUUAAUUGCUUUAAUUUUAAUAUUGUUAGUCCAUAAGAUAUCCGCAGCUGGUAACUUUGAGCUGGAAAUAUUAGAAAUCUCAAAUACCAACAGCCAUCUGCUGAGCGGCUACUGCUGCGGCAUGCCCCCAGAACUGAGGGCCACCAAAACGACGGGCUGCUCACCAUGCACAACGGCAUUCCGGCUGUGCCUGAAGGAGUACCAGACCACGGAGCAGGGUGCCAGCAUAUCGACGGGCUGCUCGUUUGGCAACUCCACCACCAAGAUACUGGGCGGCUCCAGCUUUGUGCUCAGCGAUCCGGGUGUGGGAGCCAUUGUGUUACCCUUUACAUUUCGAUGGACGAAGUCGUUUACGCUGAUACUGCAGGCGUUGGAUAUGUACAACACAUCCUAUCCAGAUGCGGAGAGGUUAAUUGAAGAAACAUCAUACUCGGGCGUGAUACUGCCGUCGCCGGAGUGGAAGACACUGGACCACAUCGGCCGCAAUGCUCGGAUCACCUACCGCGUCCGGGUGCAAUGCGCCGUUACCUACUACAACACGACCUGCACGACCUUCUGUCGUCCGCGCGACGAUCAGUUCGGUCACUAUGCCUGCGGCUCAGAGGGUCAGAAGCUCUGCCUCAAUGGCUGGCAGGGCGUCAACUGUGAGGAGGCCAUCUGCAAGACCGGCUGUGAUCCCGUCCAUGGCAAGUGUGAUCGACCCGGCGAAUGCGAAUGCCGACCCGGCUGGCGGGGCCCGUUGUGCAACGAGUGCAUGGUCUAUCCCGGCUGCAAGCAUGGCUCCUGCAAUGGCAGCGCCUGGAAGUGCGUCUGCGACACCAAUUGGGGUGGCAUACUGUGCGAUCAAGAUUUAAAUUACUGCGGCACCCAUGAACCCUGCAAGCAUGGCGGCACCUGCGAGAACACCGCACCGGAUCAGUAUCGCUGCACAUGUGCCGAGGGCCUCUCGGGCGAGCAGUGCGAGAUUGUGGAGCAUCCGUGUGCCACACAGCCCUGCCGCAAUGGCGGCACAUGUACGCUCAAGCAGCCGAUGAAUGCAACGCGACCGCCAGUGUAUCGCAUCAUGCGUGGCAUGAGCACUUCCAUGGGCAAGCCGAUAAGCCGUCGCAAUUCAAUACGGAGCCUGGCCAAUCUGCGCCAGGAGUCGCAGAAUGGCAGCAGCAACGGCGGUGCCCUGGGCUCCUCCCCAGGCCUGCCACUGACGCCUCUGGCCGCGGAGUUUACUUGCGGCUGUGCGGCCGGCUGGACGGGACCGACAUGCGAAAUAAAUAUCGACGAAUGCGCCGGAGGUCCCUGCGAGCAUGGUGGCACUUGCGUCGAUCUAAUCGGUGGCUUUCGCUGCGAAUGCCCGCCCGAGUGGCGCGGCGAUGUCUGCCAGGUGGACGUGAACGAAUGCGAGGUUCCCCAUGCGGCCCAGGCCGUCUCGGCCAACACACUGCUGACCACCACCAUGGCCAGCGCCGCCAUUGGGAGCAAUCUGAGCAGCUCGGCUGCUCUGCUGGCGGCGCUGACCAGUGCGGUGGCCGCCUCGAAUGCAGCCUCCACGAUUGGGCCCUGCAUCAAUGCCCGCGAAUGCAUCAACGAGCCCGGCUCCUUUUCGUGCCAGUGCCUGGAGGGCUGGGGCGGUGCCACCUGUGCCGAGAACCUUGACGAUUGCGUGGGCCAGUGCAAGAACGGUGCCAGCUGCAUUGAUCUGGUGAACGACUACCGGUGCGCCUGCGGCCCCGGCUACACGGGACGCGACUGUGAGACGGACAUCGACGAGUGUGCCACCUCGCCGUGCCGCAACGGCGGCGAGUGCGUGGACAUGAUUGGCAAAUUCAACUGCAUCUGUCCGCUGGGAUACUCGGGAUCGCUCUGCGAGGAGGCCAAGGACCACUGCACGCCGUCGCCCUGCCUCCAAGGACGAUGCCUGAACACGCCCGGCAGCUACUACUGCCACUGUCCGCCGGAUCGCGCUGGCAAGCACUGCGAGCAGUUGCGUCCACUCUGCUCGCAGCCGCCCUGCAACGAGGGCUGCUUUGCCAAUGUCAGCAGCAUAGCGACAGGGACAACAGCAGCAGCGUCAGCGGGGACAACGACCACGACAACGACCAUGACGACACCGAGCGGGCUGCCCUGCAGCGGUCAUGGCAGCUGCGAGAUGAGCGACGUGGGCACCUUCUGCAAAUGUCAUGUGGGCCACACCGGCACCUUCUGCGAGCACAAUCUCAACGAAUGCUCGCCGAAUCCUUGUCGAAAUGGCGGAAUUUGCCUUGACGGUGACGGCGACUUUACAUGCGAGUGCAUGUCGGGUUGGACAGGCAAGCGCUGCUCGGAGCGGGCCACCGGGUGUUAUGCCGGGCAGUGCCAAAACGGAGGAACCUGCAUGCCUGGGGCGCCGGACAAGGCCUUGCAGCCGCACUGCCGCUGUGCCCCCGGCUGGACGGGCCUGUUCUGCGCCGAGUCCAUCGAUCAGUGCCGCGGCCAGCCGUGCCACAACGGCGGAACCUGCGAGUCGGGAGCGGGCUGGUUUCGCUGCCUGUGCGCCCAGGGCUUCUCCGGACCCGACUGCCGCAUCAACGUGAACGAGUGCUCGCCACAGCCCUGCCAGGGUGGGGCCACCUGCAUCGACGGGAUUGGCGGCUACAGCUGCAUCUGUCCCCCAGGUCGCCAUGGACUGCGCUGUGAGAUAUUGCUAUCCGAUCCAAAGUCUGCCUGUUUGAAUGCCAGCAACACCAUCUCCCCCUAUGCGGCUCUCAAUCAGAGCCAGAACUGGCUGGACACUGCACUGUCCGGUCGCAGCGAAGACGAUGAGCACUGCAAUGCCUGCGUCUGCGAGAAUGGAACCUCGCGGUGCACCAAUCUCUGGUGCGGGCUGCCCAACUGCUACAAGCUGGAUCCCCUCUCGAAGUCGUCAAAUCUGUCGGGUGUCUGCAAGCAGCACGAGGUGUGUGUGCCGGCGUUGAGCGAGACCUGCCUAUCGCCACCUUGCAACGUGCGCGGCGACUGCCGGGCCCUGGAGCCAUCGAGGCGUGUCGCUCCCCCCAGUCUGCCGGCAAAGGCCAGCUGCUGGCCCAACCAGGCGCUGGUCAACGAGAACUGUGCACGACUCACCAUCCUCCUCGACCUGGAGCGGGUGGGCAGGGGCGCCUCGGUGGAGGGCCUGUGCUCGCUGGUGCGUGUGCUGCUGGCAGCGCAGCUGGUCAAGCAGCCCCCCAGCGCCCCCAACCAGGAGCCGGGUCUGCUCAUGGUGCUGUGCGAUCUCAAGAGCGGCUCCAAUGACACCGUCGAACUGACAGUGUCCUCCAGCAAACUGAAUGAUCCACAGCUGCCGGUGGCCGUGGCCCUGUUGGGGGAGCUGCUCAGCUCGCGACAGUUGAAUGGCAUCCAGCGGCGAAAGGAGCUGGAGCUGCAGCACGCCAAGCUGGCGGCUCUCACCUCCAUUCUGGAGGUCAAACUGGAGACGGCUCGAGUGGCCGAUGGAUCGGGCCACAGCCUGCUCAUUGGCGUGCUGUGUGGCGUCUUCAUUGUCCUCGUGGGAUUCUCCAUAUUCAUCAGCCUCUACUGGAAGCAGCGCCUGGCCUAUCGCAGCAGCUCGGGCAUGAACCUGACCCCGUCCCUGGAUGCCCUGCGCCACGAGGAGGAGAAGUCCAACAAUCUGCAAAACGAGGAGAACCUGCGCCGAUACACGAAUCCCAUCAAGGGCAGCACCAGCUCCCUGAGGUCCACCACGGGCAUGGAACUGAGCCUCAAUCCCGCACCAGAGCUGGCAGCCACGGCGGCCAGCAGCUCGGCGCUGCAUCGCUCGCAGCCGCUGUUUCCGCCCUGCGAUUUCGAGCGAGAGCUGGACUCCAGCACGGGGCUGAAGCAGGCGCACAAGCGCGGCUCCCAGAUACUACUGCACAAGACACAGAACCUGGACAUGAAGAAGAAUACGGUGGGGUCGCUGGACAGUCCGCGCAAGGACUUUGGCAAGCGAUCGAUCAACUGCAAGUCGCUGCCGCCGCCAGCCUGCGAUGAUGGCGUCGAUGUCCUAACCACUGUGAUGGUCUAGCGGGGCCGGCUCUGCGCCGUGAUCUCACCAACCGCCCAGACCCCGCUAAAAAGUUCCAAUUGCCACAGCACGGGCGCGAUUUCCAAGUGCAUUAGUAGUGUAAUUGCAAUAGCAAAUAAGUCCUAGGGGGUGCUCUGACAACAGAUACGAGUAUGAGGAGUGGAGUGGCGAGAGUGGAUGAUUUAACAAAGUUAGGUUCAAGAAGUGCUCCCACUGAGUUGUGUGUCCUUGCAGAGGCCCAAUUAGCUAGUUAGUUAGUUAGUUAGUGUGUUAGUUAGUUAGUUAGUGCCGCUCUACGGUUAGUGUAAUUCCGGAAAAC